UGUAAUAUGAACCCUGUGUGUCCGACAGCCUUCCCAAAUGAAGCUCAACUCACUCUGGAUAUAUUUUAUUCUUCAGACGGUGCCUCGUCGCUAACUAUGCUAUCCACCGCGGGCUACUUUUUAAACUGCAAGCAAGGACCAAUCGGAGAGCGGUUAGCUGGGACGUCACAAACAGCGCCGCUUGGCAUGACACUAAAAUAUUAUGUUAUUUUCAACAGACUAUUCUUCUGACAUGUGAGUCAGGUUGUACUACUUUUACAUUAUGAAAAAAAAACGUUUAUGUCUACUUAAUGUAGGUUUGAGUAGCGUCGUGUGAAAGUGACGUCAUCAGCCGGGGACAGUGGCAUGAUAGGCUGAAUAAGAUCGGAGAGGAUUUAGCGGAUUAGAAGCGACACACGAACAUUGUGGUUCUGUUCUGUUCGGUUUUGUUUUGUCGCAGCAUUAAAACAUUAAAAUACUUUAUUUUUGGAGGACGCACGCAGCGUUGGGGAGGAAGAGGAGAACGCCCCGUCCGUUUCCUUGACAACGGCGAGUCAGCUGCUGACAACAAGCAGGGGCCCCUCUUCCGCCGACGUCAUGUCCGAGUUCAGCGGCGAAGACAGGAAGUGGCUUGAUGCCCAUUACGACCCGGUGGCGGGACUGUACACCUUCACAUCGUGCGUGGAUCUGGCCGACCUGAGCGGCGACGGCGACAGCGGCCUAGUGGUGGGCGACUUGGGCAGCGGCUCGUCAGCCAUGAAGCUGAAGGUGUACCGAGGAACGUCGCUCACCAGCGAGAGCGCCCUGCUGGACCUGCCCGCUGGCCUUGUGGCCUUCUUCAUGGACCUGCACGAGCCUCGCAUCCCCGCUGUGGCCGUGGCCUCCGGACCGUGCGUCUACGUCUACAAGAACAUGAGGCCUUACUUCAAGUUCACCCUGCCGGGUCUUGAUGUCAACGCGCUGGAGCAGGAUGUGUGGCAGCAGGCCAAGGAGGGCCAAAUUGACCCUGUGACCUUGAAGGAGAUGUUGGAGGGCAUCAGGAAGAAGGCAGACGUGUCGUUGUCCGUGCGCUCACUCCACUUCCUGUCUCUGGACGCCGAGCACCUGGACGACUUUGUCCAGUUGCACAAGCAGCAAGCCAUCAAACGACAGACUGUCAUCACCUGCAUCGCGACCCUGAAGAAAAGCACGGCUGACGAAGACGGCGUCAGCUGCCUCGUCAUCGGCACCGAGAGCAGCCAUGUUUACGUGUUGGACCCCGAAGCCUUCAUCAUCCUGGCAAAGAUGGCGCUGCCCGCUCCUCCCACCAUGAUGGACGUGACGGGACAGUUUGACGUGGAGUUUCGGAUCACGGUGGCGUGUCGUAACGGAAACAUCUACAUUCUACGCAGGGACUCAGACAGACCCAAGUACUGCGUGGAGUUGUCGUCACACCCCGUGGGCCUGGUGAGACUUGGAAAGAACGUGGUGGUGGGCGCCACCGACCAGAGCCUGCAAGGAUUCACCCAGAAGGGGAAGAAGCUGUGGAAGGUGGUGCUGCCGGCUGCCAUCUCCACCAUGGCCGCCAUGGACCUCCCAACUCGAGGCUUCCAGGCGGUUUUGGUGGGUCUCACCAACUGCGAUGUCCAGCUGUACCGCGAGAAGAACCUGCUGAGUACCAUCAGGACGCCAGACGUGGUGACGAGUAUUUGCUUUGGCCGUUACGGCCGUGAGGACGGGACCCUCAUUAUGACCACAAAGAGUGGCGGCCUGAUAGUCAAGAUCCUGAAGAGGACCGCCGCAUUUGAGGACCGGGACAGCACUCCUGGACCGCCGGCCGCCCAGAGCAUCCGUCUGAAUGUUCCCAAGAAGACCAAGCUGUACGUGGACCAAACUCUGAGGGAGCGUGAAAACGGCGUGGCCAUGCACCGGGGUUUCCAAAUGGACCUGAUACGCCUGCGCCUCGCCGCGGCUAAAGCCUACGCCAACGCCCUGGAGUCCAGUUUGACCCCGGUGUCAUCCAGCCCCAGCGAACCACUCAAGAUGAACGCGGUGGUCCAGGGCCUGGGUCCGUCCUUCAAACUCACGCUCAACAUGCAGAACACGGCGGCGUGUCGACCCAUCAUGAACCUCGCCAUCACCUUCCUGUUUGAUGAGAACCUGUACAGGAUGACCAAGCCCUACAUGAAGAUCCCGCUGCUGGUGCCGGGACUCGUGUACCCGGUCCAGACCGAAGUAGAGUGCACAAGUGACAAGGGCAUCUCGGACAUCAUCAAAGUGUUUGUCUUGCACGAGGCGCGCAGCACGCCGCUGCUCACGGCGCACAUCAACAUGCCUGUCAGCGAAGGACUCAACUGAGGCAGUUCACUAUCCCCCCGCCAGGGGGCUGCACAGAGUCCAGGAUGAGUUUCCCGCAGAGUCCGCCUCCUGCUAUAGAUACCUUAGCUAGAACCUUAGCUAGCUUUCCAGGUGAGUCAUCGGCAGGAAGUCCGUGUGGUAAAUAGGCAGGAAGUCUGUGUGAGCCCACAUCCGCCACGCCCACGAAGGCACAGGAGCGUCAAAGAUGGCCGCUAUCUCGAGCUGUCCCGCACGCAGACGUUCUGCUGACUCAUGACGAAUAAAACACUCGAUAGGUGUUAACAAUUGCGGAAUUAAACGUCAUAAAAAUCAACUGUAAUAUACAUAAUUAUUGUAUAAAAUAGAGAUUUUGAUAUGUGAGUGAACAGAGAAUUAUUGUUUUUAAUCGUUAGGCGUGAUUUGCCGAAAGCGUUUAGUGGCCACAGGGUGGCGCUGUGCUGCACAUUUUUUUAAAGCUACAGUACCUCGUUUUAUACUUACAUAUGUAUUUUAGAAUGAAGAGAAGUCAAAGCUAUCAAUGUGUUUGUUCAAUACUUGUUUACAUAAUAAAAG